GAGAAGAGAGAGCCACACACUUCAAGAGAGAGGUGAAGAAAGAAGUUGGCCGCAAGUUCGUUUUCCAGUAGACAGGGUUGCUUGUUUGAUCCAUAACUUGAGCUUCACUCGUCCAAAUAAGUCGUAUGAGAUACCAAAAGAAAGCUCUCAAGACUCGGAAUCCGUGAAGGUUUGGUUAGCAUCAAUCGGAGUAGUGGAAGGCUUCCAAAUCGUCCGAGCAAAACACAACCUCGCAGAAACGGAUUUACUCUCCUAAAGAAACGAGCUAGCCGGAAAACACCCAUUCUAGGGGCUGUUUUCGUAUCAACGAUUAGGGGUUGAGCUAGCACCUUGAGAAGGCUGUUUAACACUCAUUUCUAAGCAAGGAAUCAGUUCUCAAAAUUCCUUGGCCGAGGCUUUGGUCAUUGGAUCGAGGAGGAAAGUUUUAAAGCUCAUUUGAGGUUGGGCCCCACCAACUGCAAAUUCUACAGCUGUUCCCCUUCCAUUUCAAUCGGAGGAGAGUUUGACACAUAGGAUUCAUUAAGGGUAAAAUUGUAUUUUGAAGGAGAUAUUUCUUUUCUUAAAUAGAAAUAGAUAGAUGACGUGGCUGUAACUACCGUUGAAGCUAAAAUGAAUAUACAAUCAUCAUUUAGAAAAGAAUAUUGAAGGCUUAAUAAUAACAAAUUUUACCGUGUUUGGUAACUGAGAGGCAAUGUCUUCUUUUCCAGAUUGAUUUUUUCGCUUUCAUGUAAUAUAUCAUUUAUUCAUUUACACAGUUUAUCACUUUCAUGAGAGCUUACGUAAAGAGAAAGACGUAACGCACAAAGAGAAAGCACGUAAUGUGCAAUGGCAAAGCAAAAAAAAGGUAAUGGUCCCACCCAAAAUAAAAUCUCCUAUUUUUUUAAAGUGGCACAACUUUUUUAUUCGUCCUCCGAUUGUUACAAAAAAUAUACCAAAAUUCAUAACUUUUUAUUACCUUUCAUUUGACAUCAAUAAUGACUAUAUAAAAAUAGAAAAAUGAUUUAACACUUGAAAAAUUACCUGCUUUUUAAAAAUAUAUAUCUUUUUUAUUUGUAUUCCGAUUAUUACAAAAAAUAUAUCAAAAUUCUUAAUUUUUUAUUAUCUCUCCUGUGAAAGCAAUGUUUCAUAUAUAAAAAUAAAAAAUUAAUUUAACACUUCAAAAAGAUACUAUGUACGUAGUAUGUUUCUUCAAAAUACUACUCCCUCCGUCCGAAAAUGAUAAUCCCGUAUUUCCUUUUUGGGAUGUCCCAAAAUGAUGGUCUUGUUUCCCUUUGUGGUAAAGAACAAAAGUGUAUUACCAUUUAUACCCCUCCUUUUUAAUGAACAGUAAAAUAAAGUAAGGUUCUUUAGUCUUUCUUAAUCUUUGUGCCCAAAAGAAACAAGACCAUCAAAUUGGGACAGAGGAAGUAUAACAUUUUUAUUUGUAUUUCAAUUGGUACCUUUCAUAUGACACCAAUGUUGCAUAUAAAAAAUAAAAAAAAUUAUUAACUUGGACAGUUUAUAAUCAUUUUUUAUCUUGCACGCUAUUAAUAUGGAGUGAUGACUUAGAAUGAAAUAGCAUAAACUCUCGCGCAAAGAAUAAAAUAAGUAAAUACAAGUGAUGGAGUUUUUAUAAUUUUAUCUUAAUCUACCAGUCCCGAUUGAUUGUGUGCACGAUAAAAAAUGAUCCUAAACUGGACAAAUUAUUAGAUUUUUGUUUAUUUUGAUAUAUGAAACAUUGCUUUCACAUGAGAGAUAAUAAAAAAUUAAGAAUUUUAAUAUUUUUUUUUGUAAUAAUCGGAAUACAAAUAAAAAAGAUUUUUUUUUUUUAAAAACAGGUAAUUUUUCACGUGUUAAAUUAUUUUUUUAUUUUUAUAUAAUCAUUAUUGAUGUCAUAUGAAAGGUAAUAAAAAGUUAUGAAUUUUGGUAUAUUUUUUGUAACCAUCGAAAUAAAAAUAAAAAAGUUGUGGCACUUUAAAGAAAAAAGAGAUUUUAUUUUGGGUGGGACCAUUACCUUAUUUUUUUUUGCUUUGCCAUUGCACAUUACGUGCUUUCUGUUUGCGCGUUACCUAUUUCUCUUCACCGCCACUUGAAGUGACGGUUCUCUAACUCAGAUGGAGCGAGGUAGACAUUAUGUAGAUAUGGGUAACUUCCAACGCAACAGAAGGAAGGAGAUUGUGAAAGGACACCCUACUUCGCGAGACAAAGGUAAAGGACAUGUUGGGUCUUCUUCUCAAAGCCGAGAUGAUUUUGAAAUGGAUUACCAACAGAGAUAUGCGAUGUCCGACGAGCAACUGGCUCAAUUGUUGGCAUAAGGACAUGAGCGGGUUUACCAACAAGAAGACAUUCAUUAGCUCGAGGAUGAUGACAAGGAGGAAAAGGCGACGAGAAAACCCAAGAUGAGGAGGAGGAACAAGGCGCCAAUUCAUCCCAACCCGGUAAGAUAGAUAAAUCUCUUGUUAUGGAACUUGAUUUUGAUAAGUUUAAGGACCCGGAAGAUGGAAAAUGGUAAGCAACUUGCAAACAUUGUAAGAAAAAUAUCAGCUUGGGGAUUUCGCAAGGAUGUGGUGGCGCUCAUAGGCAUUUGAAGAGCAAGCACCCCCACGGAGUGGGCGAAAGUGAAAGGCAAGGGGACACAAACACAAAUAUCGAGAAUGAGAUGACUUUGAUGUUCUCAAAUGGAGAAAGGACAAAGAAGGAAUGUUCCCAAUUUUAUCGAAGACGGCGAAGCAAAUGCUAUCAAUGUCGGUGUCAACUGUCAACAGUAGCUGUAGAACAAGAAUUUAGUCAAGCUGGCAACGUCCUAACGGAUUAUAGAACGAGAUUGAGGGUACAAUCUCUUGACACGCUUCCACAAUUGGUUAAAGGCCAGCGUAGAACUCAAGAAGUUUGCAUCGCCCCCGACCGUCAGUUCAUGGAGGAAACAACAACCGACGCUGGCGAAGAUUCCGACAGAUUUUUAGCAAAUGCAUUUGAAAUAAAUAUACAUUUAAGUUUUAAAAAUUUUCUCAAUUCUCAAUUGUACUUCAUAUUUAAAAUAAAUGGGUUUAAUGCACCAAACCCCCUCGUGAAAUAUAAAAUCGACGCAUUAGCCCUCUGUGAUUUAAAAAAUGCGUCAAACCCCCCUGUGUUAUAAUCAAUCAUGUGCAAAAACCCCUCUAAGAACAAAUUUUACAAUUUUGAAAUCACUUUUUUUAAUAGUAUGGUUGAAUAUGCAAGUAACUUUGUCAAAAUUUCUAAAUUAUACAAAAAAACUAAUCAUUUUUCUUUUUUUUGAGAAAUUAAAUUUGUUCUUGGAGGGGGUUUGGCG